CAAGUACUUGGGAAGUAACGAGUACAGAAGUGUAUGUAAUAUCAAGAUUAUUCUGGUUCUAGUCAUGUUUUCAAGACAAUGGCUUUUGUUCCUACCAAAAAUUUAUCCAAGGAUUAUUUAGGAAACGGACAUUUAUACGUAAGCUGACAUUUCAGCAGCUAACUCUUUAAAAUAGAUAAAAAAUGGAAGGAGGAACGACUGUGUUGACGUGUUGGAUGUUCGCUUGUUUGAUUUUCUGUAUUAAUGGUCUUACACCAGGUUGUGAAUAUGUUCACCUAACUUUGACCUGUUCCGGACCUAACAUGACUGACGUACCGGAAAAUAUCUUUGCAAAUACAACUGAAAUUAAAAUAAAGCAUGCUGAUAUCAAAACACUGAACACUUCAGCUUUCAGUCAAACCAAGAAACUUCAUGGAUUAAUUGUAGAACACAGUGGGGUCACUGACCUAGUGGAUGAAGCUUUCGCUGAACUGAAAUUCUUAGAUAUGAUUUCGCUAAAAGGAAAUAAGCUCAUUACCCUUCAAAAUGGCAUUUUCUCCAAUCUGACUUUACUGAAGGUGCUGCGACUUAGUGAGAAUUCGCUUGUAUCAGUAGAUGGAAUAUUUGACGGUCUUACAAAUUUGGAAAAAUUAAGUCUAAAUGAUAAUCAGAUUGUCACCAUAGCAACGGACACCUUUAGAGACCUCACAAGCCUACAUCACCUAGAACUGAACAACAAUAAAAUUAAAGAAAUUCAGCCAGGAGCAUUUGAGAACAUGAAAAUGCUGAUGCUUCUGGGACUAGGAGAUAAUCCUAUAAGAUCUGUUGACAAUAUCUUCCCCAGUGAUAUGAUGCUGCAGUAUCUAAACCAAACAGCUUGCGAACUUUCAACAUUUCCGAGUGACCUUCCAUCAUCACUGAAAUAUCUUAAACUCACGAAAAACAAGAUCAGACGAAUUUCGAAAUCAGACACGCAGAGAUAUUCAGACCUAAAUGCACUGAUUUUAGAGGACAAUGGUUUGGAGUACAUUGAACCUGGGUCAUUUUCUUCAAUGACUUCUCUCACAGACAUUUUCCUUUUUGUGAACUAUCUAGAACAUAUUCCUGGUCCGUUCCCAGCCAGCAUCAAGAGCAUACACCUUGAUAACAACCGGAUUGAAUCGAUUCCUCCUGACAUCUUCCAAAAUGGAACUAAACUUAAUAUUCUCUCACUUCGUAUAAAUAACAUUACUUCUAUUCACACAAAUGCCUUCCAAAAUAUAGAAUCAAUUCAAGAAUUACAUCUCGAAAGGAACACGCUAUCUAUUUUACAUGAUGAAACAUUCAAAUUCGCUUUGAGACUGAAGUAUCUAAAUUUAAACCAUCUGACACUGACAGCGGUUUACCCCGACUGUUUUUCCAAUCUGAACUCUUUGACUAAACUAGAAAUGUCAUUUGUGCGCGUCUCAAAGGAUCAAGUGUAUGGAAAUAUAUUCCGAAAUUUGCCGAUGCUUGAAGAACUGCAGCUACAGGAGAGUCCAACACUGGCUGAAAUUUUUAUCACCAAUCUUAUCAUAGAAAGGAAAAAGGUGAAAACUAUUACACAGUUGAACCUUGAAGAUAAUGGACUGGAAACAUUAAGUUCUGAUGUACAAAAGUACUUACCUAACAUACAGAAGCUUUCAUUACGAGGAAACAAUUUUCACUGCAAUGCUAAUAUACUAUGGCUGCGAAUCUGGCAUAAUAUUGAACCAGACAAACUUCACAAAUUCGAUCAAGUUCGCUGCUAUCUACCGCGACAUCUUCAAGGUCAACGAAUUGAAGAUGUCCAAAUUGGGCAGUUUAACGAUCAGACCAGUUCUGAAAAUGACAACCUUGACACCGUUUCUCAUCCUUACCACAUUCCUACUGACGAUCCAUUCCAAACGACAACUGAACAAGCGUACUACUUUCAUUAUCCAGAUUACGACUAUGAAUAUCUUUAUCAGUACGACUACUCAAAUGGCUCUACCGUACAGAGUAUUUCAAAUCAUCCGAUCCCGGCACUAACUUUCCAAACAACAACACCCUUGUCCGAGGACGACAGAAAAACAGUAAAUUCAAAUAACACUGUUGAGACAUACAACCAUUCAAAUAACUCUACAAUAAAAAGUAUUUCAAAUCAUUCAAGACAGGCAACAAUUUUCAAAACAGCAACACCCUUGUCUGAUGAUGGAAAACAAACAGAAAAUCCCAACAUCAAAAACCAUGAUAUAGGACACACAGGUAAACCACCAGCUCAAAACAAUGGAGGAAAUUCAUCCAGUUUGAAAACAGUCGGGAUAGCAUUUGGUAUGGCGUUUGGUGUAAUCAUAGUGAUGCUCUUUGGUGCUUUACUUGUAUACAAACUGUGGCAAAGGAAACGUAAUGCUGCUAUGAAAACUGGGCGACAUCAAAACGGAGGGCAGGAUUAUGUUUUUGUUGCUGCGCAGACAGACAGACGUGACAAACCAGAACCUAAAGUUCACAGGAAACUGUCACGGGCAGAGAGGGGAUCGACGACAUCACAUGCCAGUGAGGACAUAACAAAUUCUGAUACAGACAUGAAGGUCUACAUAAUGGAUAUAGAUGCAUAAGAUAUGCUUGACUUAAUGUGAAAUACGUUUUUACAAGUACAGCAGUACUGAAAGGCUGGCAUGAUUUGAAUAAGGCUGAAGAUAUCACUUAAACAAGAAAACAAAUGAUAUGACAACUGAAUGUGAAAGGCAGGUCCACAGUAUUUGAAAAUAUACAAAGUUUUCUUUAUGAAACUAAUGUGAACAUAGGCCGAUGUUUUAGGGUGGAAUGAAGCCGAUAAAAGUUUUUCAGCAAAAGUUAUAUCUAUAAAAAUAAAUGUCUAUAGUUAUUAUAUAUAUUCAAAAUAAAACACAAAGUUGUUAAAUUAUCAAAGUGAAAUAAUUUUGACCAGAGUGCAGUUUGAAAUACAAACAAUAUUCCUAGUGGGUGUUGCUUGUUGUGGGACAGAUAAAUUAUCUCAAAGAAAAGACCAAUCACUACUGUGUGACUGUUUACAAAUCAGGUAGCACGUCAUAUUCUCUGGCAUCCUAAUUUUACAGUGUUUCUCUCAACAUGUGAAAUGGAAAAUUCAGUUUCUUUUAGUUGAUAUAAAAUGCGUUGCCAAAACUGGAAUUGCAAGACUAUAACUUUACAGCGAAAACUUUUCAGACUAUGUGACCUUAAAAAAUACUGUGAAUGAAAGUUAUCCGAUUAACAUCUGAAAUGCAGAGUAAUUUUGAAUAUGUGAUUUUCAACGCAUUUAUAAACCUUUUUAUUUAAUUACAAAUGUAUUUUUCCUUUAAUCAUAAUGUAAUUAUAAUACACCUGGAAAAGAUUUACUGGAACAGAAACAUUUAUCCUGUUCUUGGACCAAUAUGCAUAUGAAUACUGAUGUACAAAGUAGAACUAAGAGGUGCAUGCUCUUUUGAUUUUGUGUUUUUUGUUUCAGGAGUACGUUUGGUCAUAUUGAUCUCUAAAAUACAAGUCCGUCGAGACUAACCAGACUAUAAAUCCGGAAGUUGUGUACAUAAUUAUUGCAUAUAGAGAUUUUAUAACAUUCAACAUGUUGGAAGUAUAUCUAUGUUACAUGUAUAUAUAAUUAGCAUAAUUUUUUUUAUGUGUGAAAAAUCCAUGUGAACUAGGAAAACUGACAAACAUUAUUUUAUGUUGUCCCUUUUUUCUUGUAAAUACUAAUGAUUUAACAUUUUUGUACAUUUUGUGGAGUUGCAGUGUCUAUUUACUGUUAAGAAUGCAUUUAAAUCUGCCUUAGCAGCCACCUACAUUAACCAGCCACUUGCCUUAAACAGUCAGUCGGCUUACUUCACAUCAGUCUUUACUUUUUGUUUUAAUUUCAAAUUCUCUUAAGCUGCUAUCUGCCUUUAGCAGCCAAAUUAUGUCAUUCCCUCCGCAGGCUGCUUAAUGCAGGUUUGGCUGUACAUUUUUUGUACAUGUAAUAUAAGAACAAUGUUUUUUAUUUCAUCACAGGAAUAUAAAUAUAUAAUUUGUAUUUUUGGAUAUCUUUUUAGAUACAUAUGACACAUUUAUUUUAACUAACAAUUUGUGAAAUCAUUAAUAUUUGUGUGGGACUAAUUUUCAUGGAUUUCAUGGUUCAGUCAGUUCACGAAAUUAAAUUCCAACCAACAACUAAAAAAGUACUUGUUUAUAUGAUCUAUGAAAGUUUAAAUGCACAAUAUUCCUUUCCCAACAAAAUAUCUGUUUUGACCAAAACCACGAAAUAUCAUGCCAACAAUAUUAAUUGAUUUCACAGUAUUUUAAUUUCUUUGAUCAUAUAUGUAUGUAUAAUCUUCUAGUAUGUAAAAUAAAGAAGACAAUUUCUAA